AUGUUAAAGAUACGUGAACUACAACGGAAAAGACAAGAAGAAGAAGCAGCUAAAGCAAAAGCAAAUUCAGAAUCACCAUCUUCAUCAUCAUCCCCAGUUUCAUCAACUACAAAUAAAAAUACAAACACACAAUCACAACCACAACCACAAAAUUCAUCAAUAACAAAAGUAAGUGCAGCUCAACUUCGAAUUCAAAAAGAUAUAUCAGAAUUAGAUUUACCAAAAAAUAUAAAAUUAAAUUUCCCAAAUAUUCAAGAUUUUUUCAAUUUUGAUUUAAAAAUUAUACCAAAUGAAGGAUAUUAUAAAAAUGGGAAAUUUAAAUUUAAAAUUGAAAUUUCAAAAAAUUUUCCAAUUGAUCCUCCAAAAAUUAAAUGUUUAAAUAAAAUUUAUCAUCCAAAUAUUGAUUUAAAUGGUAAUAUAUGUUUAAAUAUCUUGAGAGAAGAUUGGUCUCCUGUAUUAAGUUUAAAUUCAAUAUUAAUUGGUUUAAAUUUUUUAUUUUUAGAACCAAAUCCUAAUGAUCCUUUAAAUAAAGAAGCUGCUAAUAUGUUAGUUAAAGAUAAAAAGCAAUUUGAAAGAAAUGUAAGUAGUUCAAUGAGAGGUGGUAAUAUUUCAAUGAUUUCUUAUGAUCAUGUUAUGUAA